AUGCGAUCCCUGAUCCUUCAACAAAGCCACAACUCAAAUUAUACCGGGCGACGAAUCGAGAGCGUGACUUGGGACCCUAAUUUGAGGGUAAUACAGCUAGCUGCCAGCUACGAGCCCCCCGGCUGCAUAACACGGCAUUCACAAUGUGUGUGUUGGGUAAUGGAAUAUGUGCGGCAAACCAAACAAGCGCAAAUCAAGCAAUCGCCUGACUCUCAAGACGCCGUAGCUUCAAGUGUGAACCAGCAAAUUGAAGUAACGUGA